CGUUGCUUCUCAUGUGAACAGCAACAACGGGACCAGUCGGGUCAGAGCGGAAGUUGCGCUGCAAAACAACAAGCAGUCGCGGACAGCAGACAGUUCUCUGAGGAAACCUGCCGUCGAGACACGAUGACCCCCAAAUUGUGGCCCACUUUGGGGUUGAUGACCUGCACUUUGUUCCUGGUGUUGCCGCUGUUCGGAUCGUGUGAACCGGGCCAGCCGUCGGCCCGGACCCGAACCGUGUUCGUGGAGCAGAUCGAUCGUUUUGGACUCGGUUUCAACUGGAAGAAUCUGUCCUGCCCUGUGUGCAAAGUUCUCUUCACCAUUCUUGAUAUCGCCCUCCUGAAUGAUGCAAAUGAAGAGCGAGUGGCGUACGCGGUGAGCGAGGCGUGCAUCCGUCUCCAUCUGGCCGACGAGACGGUGUGUCGGAAAAUCAUCGAGCUCUUCAGGGACGACUUCAUCAGGGUCCUGCAGGAGUCCCUGCUGUGGCCCAGUGAAGCGUGCGCGUUGCUGGUGGGCCCCUCCUGCGGCAAGUUUGACAUUUACGCGCCGUGGAACAUCACUUUGCCAAAUGUUCCCAAACCCCCCGUUACGCCACCCUCUCCUCCUAAACCUGGGUCUCCACAGAGCAGAGUCCUUUUUCUCACAGACAUCCACUGGGACAAGGAGUAUCAGUCCGGCAGCGCCGCCGACUGCAAGGAACCUCUGUGCUGUCGCAACAACUCGGGCGUCUCCAGAUGGAGGCGAAGGAAAGCUGGAUACUGGGGAACCUACAGCAAGUGUGACCUUCCUCUGCGCACCGUGGAGAACCUUCUAGAAAACGUCGCCAGAGCUGGACCUUGGGACUGGGUCUACUGGACCGGAGACAUCCCAGCGCACAAUGUUUGGUCUCAAACCAGGACAGAGCAGCUAACAGAGCUUACGGUCAUCUCCAGGCUCAUCCACAAACACCUUGGACCCAAUGUGACUGUUUUCCCUGCAAUAGGAAACCAUGAAAGUACACCAGUGAACAGCUUCCCGCCACCUUUUGUUCAUGGCAACAAGUCGUCUUCCUGGCUUUAUGAGAAAAUGGCAGAGGARUGGUCACCCUGGUUAUCGGAGCAGGCUUUAAAGACUUUGAGAUAUGCCGGAUUCUACACGAUGGUGAUUCAGCCUGGUCUGAGGGUGGUCUCUCUCAACAUGAACUUCUGUGCUCGGGAAAACUUCUGGCUGAUGGUGAACUCAACUGACCCGGCUAACCAGCUGCAGUGGCUGGUCCAUGUUCUCCAGACCAGUGAGGAUAAAGGAGAGAAGGUACAUAUUAUUGGUCACAUCCCACCUGGUUUGUGUCUCGGCAGCUGGAGUUGGAACUACUAUCACAUUGUCAACAGGUAUGAAAGUACAAUUGCUGGGCAGUUUUUUGGACAUACGCACCUGGAUGAAUUUCAGAUGUUUUACGAUGAGGAAACCAUGACUCGGCCAUUAGGAGUGGCCUUCAUUGCCCCAAGUGUCACCACUUUUGUUAAUCUUAACCCAGGCUACCGUGUUUACUACCUUGAUGGGAAUUACCAAGGCAGCUCUCGGCUAGUGCUCGACCACGAAACCUAUGUGCUCAACCUCACAGAGGCCAACCACAGUCCAGGGUUCCCAGGAAGUCCAGAAAAGAACCCCAAAUGGACGUUGCUGUACCGUGCCACCGAGACCUACGGUCUUUCCACUCUGUUCCCCUCGGAUYACGACRAGCUGUUGCGAACCUUUCUGAGCAACGAUCRCGUGUUCCAGAAGUUCUGGUACCUCAGACACAAAGGACACGAGUCKGGGCCUUGCAUAGAGUCGUGCAAAACCGAGGUGCUGUGCUUUCUGCGAAGUGGACGUUACGAUGAGCUGCAGCAGUGCGACCRCCUCAACGGGUUUGGAGGAAGCCUGGUCCGGGCGGCUUUAAAAACUCUUUGUUGAAUUACGUUAAGUUUGGACCGGYGGGCUGUUUGGGAGGGAGGGCGGUAAGAUUACCAAAAAUGAGCCACGAGACAUUUUAUUGCUGCAAGUUCAUCAAGAAUUGCACAUAAGUAACCAAAACUGUUACAGGUAAUGUAGAUUUUGGAAAUCCAGUCCAAGAUGUUUUAAGUUCUGCUUUAGUCAGUAUUUUUUCAGCCGGUAAUAUUUAGAAACAGGCUUUGAGGUUGGCCGUCUGCAAUGCCAAUUAUGUAACGACAGCAAGUUCUCAAGCCUCGGCUGUUUACUUGAAAUGCACAGAAUGGUAGGCAUUACUGUAGGUGGGUUUCAAGGCCAUCAGGAUUUUAGCUGGUAGGACUUCAAUGAGUGCCUUUUCUCAGGGAUUGGGUAAACAUGUCAAACAUUAACCACAAUCUUUGUACUUUAAAGAUGCUUUUAAUUGCUUUUCUUAAGAAUUGUACUUUUCCUCAAAUCUUUUCUUGUAAAUUGUAACAAUGAAAGGUUUGCAACGAAACUGAGGAAAGAAUAUUGUAGCGGUGUCAGGGUUUAAGGUUUUAAAGAUAGUGAUUUCAAGUAGGCCAGUUUAUAAAAUAAAUUUGAAAGCAUGUUUUUUGUUCCCCCCCAGAUUUCUGUACGCACUUUUGUGGAGAAAUGCUUUAUCACUCAGACGCCUAACAUGUUCUUUUUCUGUUUGUCUGUUUGCACUUUAAUUUUGUUUUUGAUUAAAAAGAGUACCGUAAGUCUAAUUAUGUAAUUAGUCAGUAUAGAAAGGUUUUCCAAUUUGUAAUGUAACAUGCUAUAAACAAGCCAUAAUUUAAGAAAUUGUGUGACUUAUGAAAUAAAAAGAUAAAUUUUU